AUGAAUAGAACACCUUCUAAUUCUUUGUAUAUGAGAAAUUCACGAAAUUCUUCUCAUUCACCAAUUCCUUAGUAAAAAUUUGUAACUCCUGAGAAACUAGUAAGAGUUAGCGGAAGUUCUGGAGUUAAGAUAAAUUCAAUUCAAAAGAAUGGAACCAGAAUUAGAAGUGAGGUUGUUGAGACUGUAAACAAAGUUAAAGAAUAAUAAAAGUUAUAAGAAUACAUUUAGGAACUUGAAAAUAGUAUUAAUGAAUUUAAUAAGUUAGUUUAAAUACCAAAGUAAAAUGAAGAAUAAGAAUAAUUAGAGAAGAGAAUAUUAAAACUAUUAUAACGAAAUCAUGAUUUUGAAUAAGAGAUGGAAUUAGUUAGAUAAGAAAAUGAACAAUUAAAAUAAUUACUAAUUGAAUAAUAGACUAAAAUAAUAGAACAAAAUUAAGAAAUUAUGACAUUAAAGGUUUUGAAGGAUGGAUUUAAAAAAUAUAGUUUUAGUGAUUACUUCAAAUAAUAAAAUUAAUGA